CAUGCGUAUGCUCAAACAUCCGGGUACUCGAACCUACGCGGGAAAUGGAGUCCUGAUGUCAGUGAGUUCACGAAUCAACAUACAGUAGAAUGUUGUAAGGAUGAUGAAAUUACGGCGACGAACGGUUGAUGCACGCGAGACUCGAAACAGCAAGAAGAGUGAUACAACCAUGGCAACGGCAACCGAACUCCAGUCCCCCAUAGUCGCGCCUGGUAGAGGUGCAAGGAAGCGCAAACUCUCGGGACAGUCUGAGGAAAUAGAUGGUAGCGCAGAAACGUCAACCGGCUUGUUUAGAUCAAUCAAAAAGUUUAUAUGGUCCACUCCUAAAACAGACUCGCAGACUCCAGCUCGUAAGAGGCGGCGGCGUGGCGUUACAGAUAACACAGGCGACGAUUCGCUGAUAACAUCAACACCUGUUUUAAAUAACAAUACAAUAAAACGAUCGAGCAAAGUACAGAAUGGAAAGGUUGCUACAACGAAAGCUCAGGAGGGCGGAGCCAAAGAAGAUGAAACCAGAGCAACUGCAUCCCGGGCACACACUGAAGAUUCCUUGAGUCCACCAAGGACAACACUUCUAGGGACAAUCUUCUCUCCUGUAUUUAAUUUCUUUGGACACAAUGGCAUUUCCGAAAACAAAGAAAACCUUGACAACGUGGCAUUAAAGCUGGAUCUAAAUGACGUUGCCAUGGACACUGACGAGGUUUUCCAGUCAGAAGAAACAUCGGAGGAAGCGCCAAAUGUCAACGAUGUAGGUAGAGGAAUUCCAAAUGAGGUUGUCAUAGCAACUGAAGCUGUGUCAACUGAAGCCUCAGAUGUUUAUCUAUCAAAUGAAGCUCAAGACAUGUCAGAAAACAACAACAACGCCAAUAUGCUGGUUCCACCGCCACUGAUGGACGUUAACGGUACAUGUAAUGCCGAAAUGUUGUCGACCAAUGAGAGUAUACGAAACAUGGACAAUGACCUUGAAGCGGAUGAAGAUAUGGUGCCGACCAUUGACGAGGAUGAUAUAUCUGACUGCAGUCUGGAAGAGGAGUGGGACACAUUUGAUCCAUACUACUUCAUAAAGCAUCUACCACCGUUACCAGAAGCAGAGAAGAAUCGUAGACCAGUCUUGCCACUAAAAACGAGAAGUUCACCAGAGUACUCACUGGUACUUGAUUUGGAUGAAACCCUUGUACAUUGUAGCUUGAAUGAAUUAGAUGACGCCAAUUUGACAUUCCCAGUUGUAUUUCAAGAUAUAACCUAUCAGGUAUUUGUUCGAACAAGACCGUAUUUUAAAGAGUUUUUAGAAGCAGUUUCACAACAGUUUGAGGUUAUUUUAUUCACUGCGUCAAAGAAGGUGUAUGCCGAUAAGUUAUUCAAUUUGUUGGAUCCACAAAAGAAAUACGUCAAGUAUCGUCUUUUCCGAGAACACUGCGUAUGUGUGCAAGGCAAUUACAUCAAAGAUUUGGGAAUUCUGGGAAGGGAUCUAUCACGAGUCAUAAUUGUGGACAAUUCACCGCAAGCAUUUGGUUAUCAGCUUUCCAAUGGUAUCCCAAUAGAGAGUUGGUUUGUAGACCAAAACGACACAGAGUUGUUGAAACUAGUUCCUUUUCUUCAAUAUCUUGUACAGUCGAGAGAAGAUGUUCGACCACAUAUACGGGAGCGCUAUCGGAUGCACGAGUUAUUACCAAGUGACUGAAAGCUUGUCGGCGUCAGCCGCUAAAGACAAUCCAAUUACUGUAUUAUAAUCGUAUUUUAGCCGAAAAUAUUAUGAACCUCUUUGUAAUUAGUUGUCUGCAGUCGUUUUAAAAAUGGACGCAAGCAUCCGUAGCGACUAUCAUGAAAAGCAAGUCUGCGAAAUAAUUGGGCAUCCGUCAUUUUAGCUUUACAUGUUUCAGCAAGUAUUAUCAGCGUAAUUAUUUUCAGUUUUUUUUCUUUUAUUUAAAAACAAAACAAAAGGAAGUCUUCAUUGUUGUAUUUUCUGCAGUCUAUUUUGAACUGUAAAGUACCAGAAUGUGUGACCCCCUUAGGCAUGACAGUACAAGUAUGCUGUGACCCCUAUGUCAUGAAAGUACCAGGAUGUUGUGACCCCCUGUGUCAUGAAAGUACCAGGAUGUUGUGACCCCCCUGUGUCAUGAAAGUACCAGGAUGUUGUGACCUCUGUGUCAUGAAAGUAGCAAGAUGUGAGAGUUAGUCAUUUUUUCUAAUGGUUAACUUUGGGGGAAAGAGGGGGAGGGGGCACCAAAUCAAAAAUUGCAAUAUUUACAGAUUUUAUGUCAUUUAUAAUAUUGUUCUGUUCACUGGAUUUGUCAAAUUAGUGUUAUCAAAAAUGAAAAUUUUGUGGUUAGUGAAUUUUUUUUUAUUCUUGGAUAAAACAGUCAAAUUGUAUCUGGUCACUUGGCAUGAUGUGAACUCCUUACAAUUUGGCAGUUUGGUUCUCAUUACAGUGUAUUUUAAUCCAAUUUUUUACGCUUUUUAGAUAUUUCAACUAUUAGUUAGUGCUUCCAUUCAUCAUUUUACAACUGGAGGCCAUGUUCACUUUUCUAUUGGGUCAAAGGUCAAUGCCUCUCUUUCGGUCAAAGGUAAACGCCUCUCGCUUCAUCACAUAAAAAAUGGCAGAUAUUUUUUUCUGUUUUUUCUAAAUUUUAAGGUCAAUCCUAGAUGGCUGCCAGUCUUUGUUUUUAGUCGCCAUUUUAUUUGUCACUUUUCUCUUCAUUUUUUUUGUUUUUCCGCUUUGAAUGCAGACGUGUACAGAUUGAACUUUUUUAAAGACAAGAUGUAAAUAAACAUAUUUCAUGAUCUGCGAAAAAGUUUAAAAAUUAAAAAUUUUACAGAAAUGUUUUUUCCCAGAAACCCAAGAAAAAAUCUGUUUUAAUUGUGUAGAAAGAUAUGUAUUUGUCUGCCUUGAAUUUAUGACAUUGUAAUUUUUUAUCCUGUAAGCAAUAAUUAUGUCUUUUGCAGAUUAUGAUAUAUUAAGUAACAUUUAUAACACAUACAAAAUUAUCUAUAAACCUGUUGUGAAGGGUCACGGGUUGAAGGUCAAAGGUCAUCUAAUCUACUCUCGUAAUCGCGUCAUUUUGUGUGUAAUAAUUCAUCCAAUUUUUUUUCAAGGAAAUUAAAUGCUUUCUGCUUCAAAUUUUAAAUACUCUACUGCUAAUAAAAAUUAUUUCAUUCCAAA